ACAAAACGUGUCCCUGCGAUGUGAGCCAUUAGCUGGGGGAACACAGCUCGCAGAGGACGUCAUACGUCUCGGAUCAGUGGCGGUGGCUGGAAGCUGACGCACCUUUGUGAAUAUGGGGAGGGCUGGUACCCGUCGACGUUACCAUGACGACGGCAUCUCAGAUGAGGAGAUUGACGGGAGGAGGAUGUUUGACCUGGAGGAAAAAGUCAACAGUCAGCGGUUCAGCUCUGACCGGGUCCUUCGCAUGGAGGGAAGAGACUUCACCUACGAGUUCAUCCAGAGAGGCGGGCUGACUGAGCCAAUCAUCUUUGAGAGGCCUGAUGGACUGGGCAUCAAGAUGCCCGAUCCUGACUUCAGUGUCAAUGAUGUCAAGAUAUUUGUUGGUAGUAGACGUAUGAUAGAUGUGAUGGACGUGAGCACUCAGAAGGGGACAGAGAUGUCCAUGGCCCAGUGGACACGCUACUCUGAGACCCCCCCGUCUCAGAGAGAGAAGCUCUAUAAUGUCAUCAGCCUGGAGUUCAGCCACACCAAGCUGGAGAACCUGGUCAAGAGACCUGCCACAGUGGAUCUAAUAGACUGGGUGGACAACAUGUGGCCUCGUCACCUGAAAGAGAGACAAAGAGACUCAACAAACUCCAUCAACGACAUGCAGUACCCCAAAGUACAGAAAUACUGUCUGAUGAGUGUCGAGGGCUGCUACACAGACUUCCACAUCGACUUCGGAGGGACCUCAGUGUGGUAUCACAUACUGAGAGGGAGCAAGGUAUUCUGGCUCAUCCCUCCCACCCCUCAGAACCUGGAGCUAUAUGAGAACUGGGUGCUGUCGGGGAAACAGGGAGAUGUUUUCCUGGGAGACCGAGCAUCUGACUGCCAGAGGAUUGAACUGAAGCAAGGCUGCACCUUCAUCAUACCCUCAGGAUGGAUUCAUGCCGUCUACACCCCUGUGGACUCCAUGGUGUUUGGAGGGAACUUUCUGCACAGCUUCAACAUCCCUAUGCAACUGAACAUCUGUAACAUAGAGGACCGAACGCGGGUCCCAGUGAAGUUUCGUUACCCCUUCUACUACGAGAUGUGUUGGUAUGUGUUGGAGCGUUAUGUCUUCAGCCUGACCAAGACCUCCUACCUCACACCAGAGUUUCAGAAACACUCACUGGGCAUCGGUCUAAAGAAGCCGUCCGGCUCAGAACUGGCCAGUGAGCAGGUGAAGGAGGAGGUGGAUGGUGGCAGUGCCGAUGAGGCUUCAGAGCAGCAGUCUGACGCAGUUCAUCUGACUCCUCUGGAGCUGGAGGGGCUGUUGAACUUGCUGGGUAAACUGGAGGCACUGCCCUCCAACAAGAAGUGUGUCCCAGCAGGGAUACACAAUGCCCCGGCACUUAUUACACACAUCAAGGCGCUAUUGAAAGAGCACGCCAGUGACAACACUAAAUUGUCCUACACAGGAAAACCCAUCGUUAAGUGGCCAAAGAGGCCCUCAUGGUACCAGCCUCCUCCUCCUCCACCUCCUCCUCCUCGCCCUAAACUGGCCUCCACGCCCAUCAUCCCCCGACCACAGAAACCAGCCUCCUCCAUGUCUGUGCUGAGGCGGCGCAGGGUCAGGUGUAAACGCUGUGAAGCCUGUAUGAGGCCAGAGUGUGGUGACUGUAACUUCUGCAGAGACAUGAAGAAGUUCGGAGGACCAGGGAAGCUCAAGCAGACCUGUGUCCUCCGACAGUGUCUGUCUCCGGGCCUCCCCCUGUCUGCAGUGUGUGAGAUCUGCAAAGAGCCCAAUCAGGAGGAAAGUGGAGACCCCUCCCUCACCCUGAUGGAGUGUUCCAACUGUGCACAGAUAGUCCAUCCUGCCUGCCUCACGGUUCAGGGUGAAGGAGUGGUGAAUAAAGACCUGCCCAGCUGUUGGGAGUGCCCAAAGUGUGUCCAAGGAAUCACUGACCCAGAGUCAUCAGGCAGCGAUGAAUCGUUGGCUGCCAGCCACCAGCAGCACCUCCGUCCCCAUGGGCCCCUUGUCCUCAGGCUGGGCCCUGGGCCCUCUGCUACCAUAGGGGGUCCUGUGGGCUCCCAGCAGGAUGGGGAAGUGGUUCGCUGUGGCUUCUUCCCUCCUCUUCCUUCCUGCUCCUCCUCCUCCUCAGCAUCACUUCUAUUGGUGGCGGCCCCUCUGCCUUCUCAGCCAAUCAGCUCGAGACUGCAGUUGAAAAGUGACAGAGGUGAUGGCCAUCCAGUGAAACGCAAAUCUUCCUCCCUCCUGGACGCUCGUAUGGCAAAGAUUUAUCGACGGCAGAGACACAGCCGUGAUGGAGAUGACUCUGCCAGUGAUGACGAUGAUGAAGCCUCUCAAAGAAGAAAGAUGGUUCUCCAUGCUCGAGGGGGGAGCCACUCAGCCAGGAGGGGGUUUGGUGCCAACAGGAGGGGUCUGUUGAGAGGAGGCUCAGCCCAGAGAGGAAGCAGAGGAGGGCUCAUGACUCCCGGCUCCUCCUCCAUCCUCAAGCUAAAGCGAGGGAUGGGCAUGAGGGAGAAUGGACGGAGGGGAAGGGGGGUGAGGCUGCGGGGAGGCUCCAGGAUGCAGCGAAGAGGAGACGAGUCAGAGGACUCUGAUGAUGACGACGAUGAUGAUGAAGAAGAAGAAGAAGAGGAGGAUGAAGAGGACAGCGAAGAUGAAGACAAAGAGCGACGCCAUCGUCAGCGUAGGAGGAGACGCAGGACUGACGACGAUGAAGAUGAAGAUGAGGACAGUGAGGGGCAGGAGUUUGACCCUGAAGAGGAGGAGAUGGACACACUGGAAGAUGAAGAGGAGGAAGAGGAUGAGGAGGUGGAAGAGGAAGGGCGCUGGGAUUCAGACCCAGAACCCCCGGUCCUCCUGGUUUCUGAUCUGAACGAUGACCUGCUGAGCGGCUCCUACCUGACUGUCACUCUACAGCGCCCCCACAAGGCCAAGAGGCAAUCUGGAUCCAUAGUUCCAAAGCUGGAAGCAGCCAUGGGUCCGAGUUCAGCUGCAGUGGCUGCUGGUGGUCAGCAGGGCUUCAUCCAGAGGAAGACGGCGCUGUCCAAACCUUCACGUCUCAAGAGCGCCGACACCACAGCCGACAGCGUUACCCCGAGAGGCCCUGGCAGGCCGCGUCUGCGCGGUAACCAUGGCGACAGAGGCACUAGAGAUCGCUCUGUGUCUUCUUCAGAGGAACAGGAAGCUGCUCCUCCUCUGGCUCCCUCCUCCCUGUCUCCUCCCUCCCUGCUGUCUCUGCCGUCCUUUAAGGACGUGGGUAAUGAGAGAGGAGGGGAGAAGGAGGUGUGGGUGUCUGUGUUCAGAUACCUGAGCAGAGCUGAGCUACUGGCCUGUAUGACUGUCUGUAAGGCCUGGUACAAGUGGAGCUGCGACAAGCGUCUGUGGAGCCACGUGGAUGUGAGUCGGUGCAGCCCGCUCAGUAACCAGGCCCUGGCAAGCAUCAUCAAACGCCAGCCCAUGUCUCUGGACCUGUCCUGGACCCCUCUGGCCAAGAGACAGCUCAACUGUCUGCUCACCAGGCUCCCAGGUCUGAGGGAGUUGAGGGUGACUGGUCUGUCCUGGUCCUGUCUGUCAGCGCUGGUCUCUCCAAGUCUACCCUACCUGCGGUUGCUGGACCUGCGCUGGUGUGAAGGCCUUAAAGACACCCAAAUUAAAGAGCUCAUCACACCGCCUGGUUCAGAGUUUUCCCGCAGCAGACUCAGGAACAUGGUGACGCUGCGUCUGUCAGGCCUGGACAUCAGCGAGUCCACUCUGAGGCUGCUGCAGCGCCACAUGCCUCAGCUGGAGAGGCUGGACCUGGCACACUGCAAGGACAUAACAGACUCGUCCAUUGCUCUGUUGGCAGUGGCCGGAACUCACACCCGCAACAACCUCACCGAGCUGACGCUGGCAGGCUGCAGUGAACUGACUGAUGGCUGUCUGUCCUACUUGAAGCGCCUCUCCUCGCUCACUCUGCUUGACCUCAGAGGCUGUAAGAGCGUCAGCAGACGAGCCUGUGACGCCUUCAUCUCCGACCUGUCCCACGUCGCCCUCUACUGCAUGAUGGAGGAGAAGCUCAUCCAGCGCCUGGAUUGAAAACAAACACUUUCACAUUGUUGGCUACAGGAGAGAUUUAUUUUUUUUAUCCUCUCAACUUUUUGUCUGUCUUGUCCUUCAUGACGUGAGGAGUGCUGUCCCUGCAGUCAGCUGACAGGAACAGGAACAUGAGCAGGUUUAACCUGUAAAUAAACAGCUCUCUGUUGUUGGAAGCUGAUGGAGACUCUCAGCUUCUCCCACCCUUUUUCCAAAUGUCACAACACUCCUUUAGAAGGUCUUGAAUCACUGACUCCAAUGCUUUCUGUGACUCAUCAAACGUUCACAUAUUUCAGGAAUCCUGAUGUUUGUCCCUCCCUCUCUACAGACUGACACAGGGUGGACAUGGCUUCAACCAAUGUCUGUUUACGAAACUGAACUCAACCAAAAUGUCAGUUUAUUAUAUUUUUUCUGUACAGUGAAUUUCAUGUAAAUGUGUGACUGGUGUUGUUCUCACCUUGUCAUCUUGGCCUAAUGUGCCCUCUCAUCCGCUACAUUAAAAAUCAAUCAGGUGUUCGACAUUGUACUUGAACAUUUUUUGUAAUGGUGUGAAAAAGUAAUAAAAUGUCAGUUGCUUAA